UACACGCUAUUGGUUGGGAAGCCCCCCUUUGAGACGUCAUGCCUUAAAGAAACCUAUAUAAGGAUCAAGAAGAACGAGUACUCCAUUCCCAAGCACAUAAACCCUGUAGCGGCAGCUCUCAUACAGAGGAUGCUCCGUGCCGACCCCACCACCCGACCAACCAUAGAUGAGUUGUUGAAUGACGAGUUUUUCACCAGUGGCUACAUCCCCUCCCGCCUUCCCACUACAUGCCUGACUGUGCCUCCCCGAUUCUCCAUUGCACCAAGCUCCAUUGAUCCAAGCUUUAGAAAACCA